GGUGAUUGUGGUUCUUUCUCUGCUGUCAGUCACAUGAUAUUCCUUCAGGGAUGGUGGCUCUGGAUUAGUUACUUCUGCUCCCUGCGGGGUCUCUGGAUAAAAUAUUCUCAGUCUUUUGGGGAAUAACCUGAUGCUUUUGUUUUUGUCUGUAAUUAGAAUCGGCGGCUCGUCCCCAGAGUGUCCUGCCAGCCGCAUGUUAUCCUUUCAUGUCAUUUACCUGUGCGGGCCGCUUGUACGUAUCCCAAAUGGAUCAAAUAGGCGCAUAAAUGAUUUCAUAGUUUGCAGACAACGAUUACUUGUGAUAAAUCAUCGAUCACUGUAGAAGUCGGCGCUAACCAGACUCCAUCCUAAGGAGGUGCUAAACUUUUGCAGAAAUCACUGUUUGUACAAAAAAAUUUCGACAAAUUACAAGUUACAUUGAGCAUGUGUCGGCACUGGGACUGGUAAAGCUUGGCCAUAAUGAAGGUAGCAUACAACUAGUUGCCAAGGCAUGCUGGGACUUGUGUUUCCCCAAGAGUUGUACCUGGUUCUGGAGUUCUUUCUGAGCUGCUUCCUCUCUAACUACAAGGAGUCCUGUUCACACUAGUUGUGGAUUCCUCUCCGAUUGUUGCUGUUUUGGGAAUAUCGUUCUCUCUUCUUGUUUUCGUAUGCCGCCAUCUUGAGGACAGAGCCUUAUACUAGUGUUACUGAAGAAGCAAACCCACAGCUGUGAGGAGUCUGAAUGCUGGACUCUGGGUCUUAUUAAUAAUGACCUCGUGAUCCAAGAUGGCGGCUGCCUGACCAUUGCGCCUGAGCGUUCUAUGGUCGGACCCCUGAGAUGGGAUGUCCUUCCCUGUUGGGGGCCAUAAAGGAAGAGAUUGUGUUGCAGAUUUACUGUGAAAAGAAGUGACCCAGAGAAGAGCAGAAUGUCUGCAGUGACGGCUGCAGCUCCUGCCCCACAAGGCCCUGUCAACCCGCCGCCCCCCGAAGUCACCAACUCCAACAAGCCAGGCCGCAAAACCAACCAACUGCAGUACAUGCAGAAUGUGGUGGUGAAGACGCUGUGGAAGCAUCAGUUCGCCUGGCCUUUCUACCAGCCUGUGGACUGCAUCAAACUCAACCUGCCAGACUAUCACAAGAUCAUCAAAAAUCCAAUGGACAUGGGGACCAUAAAGAAGAGACUGGAGAACAACUACUAUUGGAGCGCCAAUGAGUGCAUGCAAGACUUCAACACCAUGUUUACCAACUGUUACAUCUACAACAAGUCCACAGAUGACAUUGUUUUAAUGGCUCAAGCCCUGGAAAAGAUUUUUCUUCAGAAAGUAGCACAGAUGCCCCAGGAAGAGGUGGAAUUGUUGCCCCCCGUCCCAAAAGGCAAAGGAAAGAAGCUGACCCCUCCAGCUGCACAGACCCCAGUAAUUACAGAACAAGAACUACCUGUCGAGAAAGCUGCUCCAUCUCCCAAACCGGUCGUGGUGGAGCGGAGCCCCCCUCCGAAGCCUGCCGUAGUUGAGCGGAGCCCCCCGCCGAAGCCUGCCGUAGUUGAGCGGAGCCCCCCGCCGAAGCCUGCCGUAGUUGAGCGGAGCCCCGCGCCGAAGCCUGCCGUAGUUGAGCGGAGCCCCGCGCCAAAGCCUGCCGUAGUGGAGCGCAGUCCCCCGCCGAAGCCUGUCGUAGUGGAGCGCAGUUCCGGAAGGAGGGCGGAGCCGCCUAUGGAAAGGCGCCGGGAGCGAUAUAAAGCCACGACCCAAACCUCUGCCAUCUCCACAGUCAGCCCCACAGUCCAGCUCACCAACAUCGCUCCUCUAGUAUCCCAGACGCCAGUCAUCGCUGCCACUCCUGUGCCAACUAUAACGGCUAACGUAACGGUACCAGUCGCCUCCGCUCCGCCGCCGCCUCCAGCAGCACCAGUCCCAGUAGCAUCAGUUGUUCCUCCAGCCGCCCCAGUUGUAAAGAAAAAAGGUGUAAAGAGAAAAGCGGACACCACCACCCCCACCACAUCCGCCAUAACCGCCAGCCGCAGUGAGUCGCCCGUACCGAUCUUGGAUCCUAAGCAAGCAAAAGUGGCGAACAGGAGAGAGAGCACCGGGCGCCCCAUCAAACCACCAAAGAAGGAUCUGGAGGAAGGAGAGAUUCCGCAGCACGCAGGCAAGAAAGGCAAACUAACCGAGCACCUGAAAUACUGCGACAGUAUCCUGAAGGAGAUGCUGUCCAAGAAGCACGCCGCCUACGCCUGGCCCUUCUACAAACCGGUGGACGCCGAGGCCCUGGAGCUGCACGACUACCAUGAUAUCAUCAAGCAUCCCAUGGACCUCAGUACUGUAAAGAAGAAAAUGGACGGUCGGGAUUACCAGGACGCACAGGCUUUUGCAGCUGAUAUACGGUUAAUGUUCUCAAACUGUUACAAGUACAACCCUCCGGAUCACGAGGUGGUCGCCAUGGCCAGAAAACUCCAGGAUGUUUUUGAGAUGAGGUUUGCCAAGAUGCCAGAUGAGCCAGCAGAGCCCGCUGCCCCUCCGCCAGCAGCUGCCCCAGUGGUCAGUAAGAGUGUAGAGAGCAGUCACACCAGCGAGGAGAGCUCGUCCCAGUCAGACAGCUCAGACUCUGAAGAGGAGCGCGCCACGCGGCUGGCCGAGCUGCAGGAGCAGCUGAAGGCCGUACAUGAACAACUGGCUGCGCUGUCCCAGGCCCCUGUCAAUAAACCAAAGAAGAAGAAAGAGAAAAAGGAAAAGGAGAAGAAGAAGAAGGAUAAGGAGAAAGAGAAGGAGAAAGAAAAGCACAAGAUGAAAACGGAGGAGGAGAAAAAGAUUAAAUCUGCGCAGCCGGUGAAGCCCGUCCCUCCCAAAAAGGCUCCGGCGAAAAAAGCAAACAGCACGACAGCAACCACUACAUCCAGCACAGCCGCCCCCACCGCCAACAGCAAACAGCCGAAGAAAGGCGGAAAACAACCUCCAUCCGCGGCCUAUGAUUCCGAGGAGGAGGAGGAGGGGCUUCCCAUGACCUAUGACGAGAAGCGGCAGCUCAGCCUGGACAUCAACCGGCUUCCAGGAGAGAAGCUGGGCCGUGUGGUUCACAUUAUACAAUCACGAGAACCUUCUCUAAGAGACUCCAACCCCGAUGAGAUAGAAAUUGAUUUUGAAACCUUGAAACCCACAACCCUGAGAGAGCUGGAGCGAUACGUCAAGUCCUGUUUACAGAAGAAGCAGAGGAAACCUUUCUCAGCGUCGGGGAAGAAGCAAGGUGUAAAGUCCAAGGAGGAGUUGGCUCAGGAAAAGAAAAAGGAGCUGGAGAGGAGACUCCAGGAUGUGAGCGGCCAGUUAAAUAACAAGAAGCCCGCGAAAAAAGAAAAGUCUGGCUCGGGGGCAGCGGGAGGACCCUCACGGCUCAGCAGCAGCAGUAGUUCUUCAGAAUCGGGCAGCAGUAGUUCCAGUGGAUCCAGUUCAGAUAGCAGUGACUCUGAGUGAUCUCCCCCGCGCAGUGAAGAUGUAAAUGGCGUGCUGUGGUCCCUUCUCUCCCCGGUGUCCCUGGCGGCCGAGGCCUAAGGCUCAUGUAACACUUUUUUGGUGUGCGGUUUAAAGAAAAAUUUGAAGAAAAAAAACUAAAAAUAUUUUAAAAACAGUCCAAAAAUCGAAAAAAACAAAAACAAAAAAAAAACUACAAACUAAUUUUAUUUUUAAGGAAGACGAAAUAGUAAAUUCUCGGGCGAAGAGGCGUCAGCAAUAACCAGCGAGUGCGAGGCCCUGAGGCCUCCGGGGAUUUUAUGAAGGUUUACUAUAUAUUAAUAAAAGGUUUUAAUUCUGUUUUUAAUUUCUCUUCCCCUCUUGUUUGGCGUCUCUGUGGGAUGAUGAGAGGGGACGUGACAGACUGAGCCCCUCCCCCAUCCCGGAUGAGCCCCCCGCUCCUGUGUGACGGUACUCGCUCCUUAGAUGUGUCGGCCUCGUGGUAGUCUGUAGAUCUACUAAUCACGUUUACAGCUUCAGCAUCUUGCCUGGAUUCUUUUCUUUCCAUAUAUAUAUUAUAUAAUAACCUUUUUUUCUUCGUCUUUUCGGAUCAUGGCCGCCGCCACCCUGUGCACUUGUAGCGGAGUUAUGGGGGUGAUCUACACUUGUGGUCGGGAUAUAUAUUUUUAAUGUAUUUUCUUAUUUACCUCAGAACAAAAUAUACAAACGCAAACAUUAUUUUUUAACUAAGAUUUUUUUUUGUCUUUUUUUUUUUUUGCAUGGCCCUGAAUAGUAUGUGCCCCCCCCCCCCCUCCUCGGCUACACAUUCCAUUAGCUUCCGUACUCCAUUUUGUAUGUACAUAGAAACACAUUAUUUAUUAACCAUAUGAUAACCUGAUGUUUUUUGGUUUUAUUUUUUUUAUUUUUUUCUUUCAGAAUAAAUUUGCAAAAAGUUGAAGAGGGAUUUUCUGCUUUUGAUAAGGGGGGAGGGUGUGGUUGGGGGGGGGGGGGUUUGGCUUCCAUGUUUACCUUGUAGAGACAUGAGUGCCGGUGCACUUGCAGACGCUGUUUGGAGUCGGACAAUCUCGCCAUGUUGUAGUGUGUGUAUAUAUUCUCAUCAGUGUUUUAUAUAUUGGGGAUCUUUGGGGUUUAAGGAGAAAUCUAUAUAAAUAUUAUUUUUUUUUUUUGUGUGCGGCGGAUGAUGGGGGUCGCGCCUCUCGUCCUCUGCAUAGAAUCAACAAUAAAUGGUUUUUCGCUUUUUAGACUUGCAUGUAAUCGGAGAGAAUUAUUUUUCUUAAAUUUUUUUUUUCCUGGUGUUAACUUUUUGAUUUCUGGAGGGAAUGGUGGACGCUCUAGAAGUGACUGUUACUCUUGGGCUUUAUGGAUUUCCAGAUGGUUAUUUUUUAUUUGAAAUUUUUUUUCAUCUUGAUUUGUAUUUUAUUUUGUAAUUUUUUUUUUUUUUUUUUUUUUUUUACCUUUGUUUUUUUUUUCUGUACAGCGGUUUUUGUUUCUUUUUCUUUCUUCUGGCUACGGUAUAACUUGUCCUGGUUCUCGGUGGAGAUCCUGGUUUCUUCCAUUUCAUGUCCAUUACAGAGUAUAAGACUUUUUUAUUUUUUUCUUAUUAUUUUUUUUUUACUUUAUUCCAUUUCUUUUUAGCAGCUACCAAAAAAAAUAAAAAAAAUAAAAAAAUGGAAAAAAGAAAUAAAAUUAAAAAAAAACACGAACCAACAUGGCAGCUCUGACCAUUGUAGCUCGCUGUUCAUACUGCGCAUUUUAAAGGGUUUGUGAACAAUAAAAGUAGUUGUCUAUUUU